GAGUAUUUUUAUCAAAAUCAGAAAUGGAAGAUUUAAUAGAAUCAUGUUUUGAUCGUGAUGUUGAGGAUGAUAUAUUUGCUGAUAUAUAUGAAGGAAGAGUUUGGAAAGAAUUUACUGGUUCUGAUAAUCAUCCUUUUUUUGUUAAAAGCAUUUUAGAAGUUCAUAUAGGAUUUGCUUUGAAUUUGGAUUGGUUCAAUCCUUGUAAAAAUAUUCAACAUUCUCCUGAUGUAAAUGAAAUCCAUCAGUAUAUUGAACCUUUAGUUGAUAAAAUUCUCCAAUUAUGGGCUGGUCAAGUUAUCAAAACUCUUAAUUAUCCAUUUGAUCGAAUAUAUUGUGCAGCCUUAAUAAUAAUUUCAUAUGAUACUCCCGCAGUUCAAAAGAUCAGAGGAUUUUCUAGUCAUUUUUCUAAAAGAGGAUGUUAUAGAUGUGAUCAUACUUUUCCUAUAAUUCAGAAUAGAAAUACAAGUAAAUGGAAAUCAGAUUUUGGUAAUUUCAAUAUUAAUCUUCUACAGUGUUCUAGAGAGAAGCAUCUGAAUAUUGCUUAUGAAUAUAAAAAAGCAAGUUCUUUGAUACAUAACCAAAUACUUAGUGAAUAUGAUAUAGGUCGUAUACCUCUUAAAAUAGCAUCAAGAUUUGCUAGAUUUAUGGCAGAUCAAUGGAGAUUAUAG